UGAGACAGUUUGAAAAAGUACCCCGGGUUUCAAAUAAAUUAUUCCUAAAAAAUCUCUAAAUAUAAUAUAUUGCUCUGUCAUGAUAGCAUGAUUAUCCUAUUGACUAUCGCCGAAAUUGUGAUUCGUAAAAAUGUGAAAUCAAGUUGUUGAAUUUUAUGCACAGACGAUCUAUUGCGUGCAGUUUCAAGUUAUUUAUGAUUUUCUAGUUUAAAAAACAUCACAGUUUCUACCUCAUUUUUUUCUGAGAUUGUUUAGAAUUACGUAGCAAUAAUUGCAUAUUCUCAAAGUGAGCCAAAUCGAUCUGCCUGGUAAAUAUUUUUUUUACAGAAUUUCCCGGCAAUUCUCAAGCGCAUGCUUAUGCACAUCUAAAUGCACAUUUAGCUUUGAUAUUUUUGUAUCGUAAAUAUUUGGUGCAGUAAUAUUGUACCUACUUACAGUCUCAUUGAUUUUUUCAAGUUUUUCCUUGUGCACACUUUACUUGAUAUAAGUAGUUCACGGUUCACACGUUAAACGUCUAGUAAGUUUCCAUACUCAUUCUGUCAAAAUUCCAGUCAUGUUAUGAACCAUUAUCAUCGUCUUGUAAACAACCCCACUCGCUAAUCGGCCUUCGAAAAUACCAUCAAAGGAACAUAAACAAGAUAUAUUGAAAUGUACCCCCAGAAAUUCUCGCAGUCCGUUGUGUCAUGUAAACCUAACCUAAAAAAUAUCGCCGAUGGAAUCCGCAAGACUUACCUAACAAACCAAACAAUAAUCAUGAUCAGGCAAAAGUUCAACGAUACAGGAACCAUGAAAUCAGCCAACAAGAAGAUAUACGACCUCAUAGUCAGUGGUAAAUUAUACAAAUUACUCAAGACACUUCCUAAACCUGCUACCAAACAAAACAAACAAAAUGUAUUCAAGAUAUGGGCUCACCACUGCGAAUGUGUCUUAGCACAGAGAUUAAGGAGGUGCCAGCAAAUGUUUUGCUUAUACAGCAGAUGGUGGGAAGAAAGAGCUUUAAAAGAUUUUAUUAAACGAAUGCGACAAAGCUUAGCAAGAAAAGGUAAGGAGCUUGCGCUAGGUGCAGUGGGUGUAUCAGCAUACAAUUGGAAGGAUGAUCGGAUACCCCUGGAAGAUAUAAAACAGCACCAAGGUGAAUUUGAUUAUGUUCAACUAUUGAAAGAGAAUACAAUAUGUAUGUUGUGUGACCCUAGCUCAAAAACAACCAUCAACACUAGUGUUUGUGAAUGUGGCACAGCUGGAAAACCUGACACUAGUAAGUCAUAUGACCAGUGGGUACCUUAUCUAGAGCGAGAUGACUUAGUGGUGUGGAGAAGACCUCAUCCAUCUGGGCUAUAUGAAUAUAAGGUAUAUGGAUCAUAUGAUGAUGUAUGUGCAAUGGACUUUUUGCAAGUUCAGAUUGAUAUGGAUUAUCGCAAAAAGUGGGAUGAGAUGACUGUGAUGCUAGAAGUUGCAGAUACAGAUCCCACACCUGAUGCAAAUAGUGACCUAAUUUAUUGGGAAUUACAGUGGCCAAAGCUUUUUGCAAAUAGAGACUAUGUAUUCAAAAGGCGUUACCUGAUAGACGAAGAAACAAAUAUGUUAUAUAUAGUGAGUAGAAGUACAGAAUUUUCCAAGUAUCCACCAUACAAAGAAAAAUUUAGAGUAGAGGAUUACUGGUCUCGAAUGAUAAUUCGACCUCACGGAAAUAACGGCAUAAAAGAUUUAGGCAUAGAGUUCACAUUGACCUAUUUUGAUAACCCAGGCGUAAACAUACCCUCAUCUGUAAUGACUUGGGUUACAUUGAAAGCUAUGCCUGAUUUUCUUACAAAAUUAAGACAAGCUACGCGAGAAUAUAAGAACUUCUGCAGAACCGAGGGAACAAGCGAAUAUUGCAGAAUAUUACUGGAGGAAGAAAGAGCCGCGGCUGAAAAGGAGGAGAAAGAGAAAUUAGAUUACUGCAAUUUUGUUAAAUUGACUGAAAACAUACGAAGGAGGACUGCAUCUUGGACGUCCAGGACAGGAGAUGCAAAUGAGCCGAUACCCGAACUGAAUCCAGGUAAUACAAAAAGCAACGAGAUUCCGGCAGAUGUUGACUCUGAUGGGACUGAAGGUCCUUCCAGCGGUGCUAUCCAGCCUAAGUAUAGCAGUUUUUGGAAGUAUCUCCAUCCUUUGUACUAUUUUCAUUGAUACUUAGUAUUGAUGAUGUAAUUUUUAUAGUCAUUUUUAUGUAUUUGCUCUCAGAGAGUGACAAUAGAAAGUUUAUUUUUUGCGAUGUUUUUCUUUCCAUUCCUGUGCUGGUCUGUCAGAUUGUAUACGAGAUGGCUCUGCACAUGUGGCAGUCUCUUAUUACACAUACAGGGUGGCCCAACGAAAAGCUCACACCGCCAUUUGUGACUCUCCACGUGUAUUUUUGAAAAAACGCUAGGGCAAGUCAAUAUUGAUUUCUAGGGGGACGUAUUUUCA